GUAAAGAUAGUUUUGAAGCGUUGAAAAGGUGCCCGAAAACCAUGAAACUGCCACGUCCUCUGCAAGGAUACUUUGAGCUGCUGCGACAUCAGUCCGGAGAGCAAAAGUAUGUGUGCAUCAAUUGCGGUCGUCCUGUUUCGGGACUGUACCGGAGAAUCAGCUCAACGGUGUUGAAAAUCAUCGAAUGUGAAAAAUGCAACCAUCCCGCUGACAAGUACAUCGAGUUCGAGGUACUAAUUAUUCUGAUCGACUUAAUUCUGCUCUCCAAACCGGCCUACAGGCAUAUACUGUACAAUUCCGAUUGUAAGAACCUGUGGAAAGUUGGAUGUAUCCUGAUUCUGCUCGAGGCGUAUUGUUUCUGGACCGACGCGUUCCGAGGCAUCACCAGCAUCAGCUACCGAUCGCACGUGAACGAUCCUUUUCUGUCCGAGAAGGGUUUCUAUCUUUCGACGGUACAUUUUCUUACCGGCUUCUUGUUGCUCUAUGCAUUCAUUUACCUGUUCAACGGACUGCUCCACCGCACCGUUCCUCCGGUGGCCGGUGACGGUAAAAGCUAUCCCCGAAUGUUACUGCACGGUGUUAUCCUGGCGAGCAUAGGAAAGUUUCUAUUCAUUCCAAUCAUCAUCUGGAGGGAGAACUCCAACGACACCUGUAUGGCUCUUCACAUCGUGCUGGUGUUACUGUACUUUGUUAUUUCGCUCGUCCAGAUACACUCAGUAAUUAGUGACUGUUCGCGAUCACGCUCCUGUGUGAUCGUCCUGCUAGCGUUUAUUGUAAAAGCGUAUUUUCUUACGCGGGUCAGUGCGCUCCUGCAGGAACUAGUGUAAUAAACCUGUUC